AUGGCCGAUGACUCCGACGACCACCGCUGCAGCCUUGGUCACUUGCCUAAGGAAAUCGUCCUCCAGAUCGCCGGCUAUCUCGACCUCCCGGCCCUCAAUGCCUUCGCCCAACUGAACCACUCCACCCUCGCCCUUCUCACCUCAUCGCUCUUCAAGCUCGACGCAAAGCUCUUCUCUCAGGCUCUCUGCUGGGCCGCCAUCCACAACAACCUCACCACCGCCUCGAAAUCCAUCGCCGCCGGCGCCGACGUCACCACCGUCACUGACCAAGAUGAUCUCAUCAAAGGAUGCACCCCUCUGAUGCUGGCCGCCUACCACGGCAGCCUCACAGUCCUCACGCUCCUCCUCGCCCAAUUCGACACAAACCCCAAUUCGCGCGAUCGAAAGUACAUCCGGCCCCCAAUCACCUGGGCCGUAAAACACGGCCACGCCGGCGUCGCCCGUGCCCUCCUCAAAGACGAACGCACCGAUCCCAACCUCCAGGAUAAAUUCGGCGACACAGCCCUCAUGACCGCCGUGACAUUACGGCCCGAUAUGAUCCCCGUCCUCCUAAGCGGGAACCGCGUGGAUCCCCGCGUAUCCAAUACCCAAGGUGCAACAGCCCUCUCCCGCGCAUCCCAAAAGGCAUUGAAGUCGACCUCAUCCUCGCCUCCCAUUUACGAUUUAUCUUGA